GUAAACGUCAGUGCGAGACCGAUUCGCGAGAAUCCGCGAAUUUUCGCUCGUUUUUCGCGGAUGAUACGAGUGGUCCUAUGAGUGACACGAAAUAUAAUCGCUGUACGCGAGGUCGGCGAUAUUUGCGCCAUGAAAAGAGUGAUUCUCUUCCUGAACGGUACCGACGUGAACGGCAAGGUUUUUAUGGUGACGCAUUCCAUAGAAGAUUUGUUAGUUGCAGCUAGUUUAAAAUUUAAUGUAUCGGCGAAACGGAUUUUCACACCCCAGGGAGGUGAGAUUGACGAUGUCGAGCUCAUUAGAGAUGACGACGUUCUUUACGUGUCCUGUGGCGAGGAUUUUAUAUCCCAGAGUAAAACCGUCGAACUGGGUCGAGUACCGGAGAAAACCGAUUGGGUAACGUUGAAUGUCGGUGGGAAAUGUUUUACUACUACUAGGAGCACUUUGACGAAUAAAGAGCCAAUGAGUAUGUUGGCCAGAAUGUUCACAGAGAGCAUUGACUCGGAAUGUAGAAUACAGCCGAGUAGAAAGAAUCACAACGGAGCGUUUUUAAUCGAUAGGAGUCCUACAUAUUUUGAGCCAUUGCUCAAUUACUUGAGACACGGGCAAUUGAUACUCGAUAAAAAUCUUAACGCCGCUGGUGUUUUAGAAGAGGCUAGAUUUUACGGCAUUGAAGGGGUCGUUUCCAUUUUAGAGGACAUGACGUCCGAAGAGGAGAGACGAGGAAAAUGCUCGGCAUCCUUGACGAGGCGCGACGUCCUGAAGGCCAUCAUGUCGGCGUCGACGAAUUCCAAGCUGCGGUUUCAAGGGGUCAACCUGGUAGGGGCGGAUCUUUCACGGCUGGACCUGAGACAUAUUAAUUUUAAGUACGCCAAUUUACGCGGUUGCUCUCUGAUCGGGGCCAACCUGACCGGGUGCUGUCUGGAGCGCGCGGAUCUCUCCUGCGCGAAUCUAGAAGGCGCCCAGCUCGUCUGCGUGAAAAUGCUCUGCGCGAACCUAGAGUCGGCCAACCUGCACUCGUGCAACUUCGAGGACCCUAAUGGUCUCGUGCCGGCCAACAUGGAGGGCGUCAACCUGAAGGGGGCCAACCUGGAGGGCAGCAACAUGGCCUCGGUCAACCUGCGCGUCGCGACCCUGAAAAACGCGAUCCUGAAGAACUGCGACCUCAAGUCCGCGAUCCUGGCCGGAGCCGACCUCGAGUGCUGCGACCUCUCCGGGUCCGACCUCCAUAAGGCGAAUCUUCGCGGAGCCAACCUCAAAGAUGCCGCCUUCGAGUUGAUGCAGACUCCCCUCCACAUGUCGCAGACUAUACGAAUAUAA